CAGCAGCACAAUCUCCAAGCCAGUGAAGCUUCUUGAGCACCUCAUCAGGUCCUUCAAUACCGACUACCUACUUGUCCAUCAAUACCUCCACCCCUUACCCAACACCCCAACACUACCUCUCACGCUCGACAUGCGUUUCACUACUUCGAUCGCCGCUGCCAUCUUGGCCUUUGCCGCCACUGGCGUGCUUGCUGCUCCCCUUCCCCAGCUCGCGGGCUUCGGUUCCGGCUCCGACUCCAUCUUCACCGACACCGACAAUGGUGUGGGCUAUGGCGUUGAGAAUGCCGAAGACAACCUUGCCGGCACCAUCGCCGGUGCCAAGGGCGGCAGCAGCACCCCUGCCCAACCAGGACCCACCCGCCGCCAGCUUGCGGGAGUUGGCUCAGGCUCCGAUUCCAUCUUCACCGAUACCGACAACGGUGUUGGCUACGGCGUCGAGAAUGCCGAAGACAACCUCGCUGGCAACCUCAAGGGUGAAAGCCCCUCCACCUCUCCUUCGCAGAGCGGCAGCGGCUCCAGCAGCAGCGGCCCGCCUCCCCCGCCUCCCCCACCCCCCAGCAAGCGCCGCCGACAGUUGAACAAGGUGGCCGCCGGCGAGCAGACCCUCGCCAACGCCGCUGGCGUCGGAUCCUCAACCGAGGGCCUUACCAACGAGGAGAACACCCUCGACGGCGACGGCACCAACGGCGCGGCUGAGGUUGGCGCCGCCAUCGGCAGCACCGAGGCCAGCACGCUUGAGAACGCGGGCAACCAGGUUCCCAAGAAGUUCCGCCGGCAAUUGAACAAGGUCGCCGCUGGCGAGCAGACUCUUGCGAAUGCUGCUGGCGUUGGCUCUGAGACUGAGUCGACAACCAACGAGGAGAACACCCUCGACGGCGAUGGCACCAAUGACGCCGCCAACGCUGGCGCUGAGAUUGGCAGCACCGAGGAGACUACUCUUGAGGAGGCUGGCAACUUGACUCCAUGAAAAACGACGACAGUAAUGGGAAGAGGAUGAACUGAUCUGGAUCUUGUUGCUUGUACUUGUAUUGAGCCGGUCCUAGAAGGGGGGCGUUUCUCAGCUGAAUUUGGAGUUUUUGCAGCUUGUUUUGUUUAGCGUCUGAGUUGGGAGGGCAUUUUCAUGGAAUGAGCAUUGUUAUUGGAGGAAAAAGUGUUCCGAGCGGUGUGAUCUUUAGCAAGCAGUCUGUCAAAUCCACAGCAUCUUGAUUGCCAACACCAUCAGCUUUUCCUCUUCUUCACCUUCCAUCAUACACAGCAUCGCAUGUGAUGAAGUCGAGUCACGACGAUCAAGUCGGGAAGAUCCUCCGUCACCGAAGAUACCCUGCACGCAUGGAUGAUCAUCCACGACACGUGAG